AUGGAGGACGAGUUUGGAGACGAUUCCUUCUUUGAGGAAAUAGCGGAUAUUGAUGAGAAUGGCAAGGUGAUUUUGAAGAAGGAAAACGAGGAGAUGAUCGAGAGUGGCAGCAACUCUGGGACGGUUUCCGGAACAUCCAAGAGAAGCACAUCCUCUACAACCGCAAGUUCUUCCGGCAAAGUGAUGAAGGAUGAGUUUGGCGACUAUUCCUUCUUUGAAGAUAUUGCCGACAUUGAUGAGAAUGGCAAGGUCAUUCUUACACAAGACCAAAAAACGAAGGAUGUUCCAAGCAAGCCAUCAACCAAAGAACAGGUAGCUGAGAAGAUGGAAGACGAGUUUGGAGAUUACUCCUUUUUGGCAGACAUUGAAAUUGAUGAAACAGGCAAGGUUAUUGAAAGUGGUGCGGACGAACGCACAUCUGUGGAACAACGGACACAUCUGCCGGUACAUGGGGACCACGAGGAGCAACAAGUUGCUUCCGACGCGGUACCCUCUUCUCAGGUUUCACUGCCAAGAGCUCCGCUGCAAGAUAAUCCGGAACAAGGGACAACUCUGCACACUCGAGAAGAAGCUACCUUUUGGGAUGCUGCGACAUGGGGUUCGCCUCGUCGGUAUGCCAGGAAGCGAUCCGUCGAGUCGGAAGCAAAACAAUCGCCAACCAGUGUGUUGGACAAUCCAUACCGGCGUCGCGUUGCGGGCGCGAAGAGAAGAAAGAACAGUUCAACCAGCGGUACAGAGAGACAAGGAGACUCGCAAACAGCAAAAAGCUCAGGUCAGCUGCGAAAACCCGAGCGGUUCAUCGUCUACGUCUAG